GCAAUGGGAUAGUUGAGAAUAAUGAUAGGAGAUACGUGAUCUUUGUAGUUUACUCAUAUGUGAUUUUUUGAUGCUUUUGGAGCUUGAUGAAGUGACGUACUUGACAUUUGUUAAGUUCCCAAACGUUGUCACGCUUGGGAGAAGGAUUUUGUGAAUAGUUCGUCACCUUUCGAGAAGCAAGAAAGCGGGGAUCGCAAGGAGAAGAAUUGCUUUUAGCCAGUCAUUGCCAUGGCCUCCGAUAGCGGCGAUAGCAACAUGGAUAGAGAAAUGAUUUUGGCGGAUUUUCAGGCUUGCACUGGAAUCGACAUUGCGGAGGCAAUCGCUCUGCUCGAGCUCAACAACUGGGAUUUAGUGGCAGCAAUCAAUGGAGUGAUACCACAGGAGAACGGGAUCUUACAAAGCAGUAGCUUUGCCAGCGCGGCGAGUCAAGCCAACCUAUACGGACCCCUCAACCAAUCAGAAGCAGCCGAGGCGGCGGCGGCGGCGGCGGUAGGCCCGACCCCCAACCCCCCUUCGACGUCCUCGUCCUCCUCUCCUCCGUCCUCUUCCGCCUCCGGCUCCGCCUUCUGCCCCAUCCUCCAGUCCUCCCGACACAUCGUCGAGCGCCAGCCCCGCAUGCUGAACUUCAGGGUGGAGUACCGGCAGCGGACCACUGAGGUCGUAGUGGAGGAGGCCAGCACAGUUGGGGAAAUCAAACACAUCCUUGUGACAGAGCUGGGGGUUCCAGUGUCCAAAAUGCAGCUGAAGGGAUGGAAGAGUGGUGACGUACCAGACAGCACGGUCCUGAGAAGUUUACACCUGCCCAAGAACAACAGCCUCUAUGUCCUGACACCAGAUAUUGCCCCCACUGCCAGCACCAGCCAGAACAGUGCUCUCCCAGACUCAUUAAACCAGAACUAUCUGCUGGUCAUCAGUCAUCGGGAGACCCAGAAGGAGUACAGCCUCAACUUCCCCGGCACCAGAACUAUACAGGAGGUGAAAAGGAACGUCUCAGACCUAACCAACAUCCCUGUGCGGCACCAACAGUGGGAAGGAUGGCCUGCGUCAGCAUCCGAUGACUCUAUGACACUAGCAAAUUCUGGGAUAACUUAUCCCUGCCAUCAUCUCAGUGUGUGUCGGAGAUCUUCGCCAGCCAACGCCCAGGAUCCUACAGAAGAGUGUGCAGAUGUCCAUAUGAUCAGCGACAGCGAGGGCGAUGACUUCGAGGACGCGUCAGAGUUUGGUGUUGACGAUUCAGAGAUGUUUGGAAUGGGCUCCUCAACCAGUCGCAAAUCACCUUUGAUGCCAGAGAACAGUGAGAAUGAAGGGGAUGCCUUAUUGCACUUUACUGCCGAAUUUUCUACCAGAUAUGGAGAAGUACAUCCGAUGUUCUUCAUCGGCUCUUUGGAAGCAGCGUCUCAAGAGGCCUUCUACGGCAAAGCCAGAGAGAGAAAGCUGCUGGCCAUCUACCUCCACAACGACGAGAGUGUACUUAGCAACGUCUUCUGCUCCCAGAUGAUGUGCGCCGACUCCAUCGUCGCCUACCUGAGCCAGAACUUCAUCACAUGGGCCUGGGAUGUCACUAAAGAAGCUAACAAGGCCAGACUACUCACCAUGUGCACAAGGCAUUUUGGCAGUGUGGUGGCACAGACCAUACGGACCUACAAGACGGACCAGUUCCCCCUGCUCCUCAUAGUUAUGGGCAAACGCACGUCCAACGAAGUGUUAAACGUCAUUCAAGGGAACACGACAGUGGAUGAGCUGAUGAUGAGGCUAAUGGGGGCCCAAGAAAUCUUCACAGCACAACAACAAGAGGACAUCAAGGACGAGGACGAGCGCGAGGCGAGGGAGAUGGUGAAGCGAGAGCAGGACGAGGCCUACCGCCUGUCCCUCGAGGCCGACCGUAAGAAGAGAGAAGCACAAGAGAAGGAGGAGGCGGAACAGGUGCGCCAAGAACAAAUGAGGAAGGAGCAGGAAGAUGAGAAGGAGGCCAUCCGUCUGUCCCUGGAGCAGGCCCUACCGCCGGAGCCCACCCAGGAGAAGGGAGAGCCAAUCAGCAAGCUGCGUAUCCGCACGCCAAGCGGCGAGUUCCUGGAGCGGCGUUUCCUCGGCAGCUGUAAGCUGCAGGUCCUCUUCGACUUUGUGGCGUCCAAGGGGUACCCCUUCGAACAGUUCAAGCUGCUCACCACCUUCCCUCGUAAAAAUAUCACCCAGCUGGACCCAGGGUCCACCCUGCUGGAUGCGAAGCUGUUCCCCCAGGAGACCCUGUUCCUGGAGGCCCGAGAAUAGGGCCGAGGCCCGUUGGGGCCGAGGGGGACUGACUGACAGACUGGCUGGACCCAUUCGUCACCGAGCAUGGGCCUCCAGUCUGGGACUACACAGACAUACAGACGCACAAACAUACGCGCGCACACACAGAGGGACACACACACAUGCACGCACAAAAAACACACACACAAAAGAGACCGACCUCUCAGAACAGACAAACCUAACACACACACACACAUGAAGCAACCUCCUCUGCUCUCGGUCUGAUCGUGCUACAUGAAUGCAUAGUGUACACGUAUUGCACAGAGAAGCAAAGACACUAUCACAAGCACACAGCCAAACACUCAUACCUCCCAAACUCUCUCUCUCUCUCUCUCU